AUGUUAUCUCGAUUGAAUGUUUAUAAGAAUAUCACGCGGCGAAAUUCAAGCAUCUUUCAAAGAGUCAAAUCAUUUCUAGUUCCCGUAAGUUGAAAGAAAAAAGUUUGACUUUCAAUAAAAAUACUAAAUUCAGAAUGAAACCGAGAAUUUCGAUGUUGAAGAAGUGAAAAGAUGUCAUAAUUGGGAUAAAUUAGAUGAAAAAGAAUGGACAUUGAUUUAUAGAGAUAUUGGUGAGUAAAUUUCAUCAUUUUAGAAAGUACUAGUUUAGUGGGAUUUAGUUGAUACGUACCUAAAAUCUAUCGGAGUCGAGUUAUAAAAAUCUUACGUUUGGAAAAUAAAUUAGAAAUUACGUAUCAGUUCCCACAAGCCAAAAAAAUCAAAAUGAAGCUCCAAUGCCACUUUUUUAAAGAAAAUAUUUUUUAUUGAACUACUUAGGUCACGCUCACGUAUUUUAUUGAUUCACAAAUUUUUCCCGGCCUUUUUAAAAAUUUAAAAGUUUUCAAAAUCAAAAUAGCUCUCUUUAUGAAUAUAUUUUUACAAAAUGUUAUUCAUAAAAUUUUCCUACAGGAGCAUCCCGAACAAAUGUAAUGACUGGUCUAUUUUUGCCAUGUUUCAUUGCCGGAAGUGCCAUUUUCCUAUAUGAUAUUCAAAAGAAUGAGGCAAAUAAUCGAUUUGAUUUUGUUCAAAGAAUAGUGAAUGAUGCUGAAGAACUGGGAAAUCUUAUUUUUGUUCCAACAAUUGCUUUAUCUUUAGUUAUUGCAUUAUUAGUUCGAGUACAACAAUUACGUGUAAUGAGGAUUUAUCAGAAUCGGAAAAAUGUUGAAGAUUUUAUUGCGAUUCGAUCAAAAUAUAUUGUUAGACAGCAAAAGGUAAUUUUUGAAAAUGGUGUAUUGUAGAAAAUUGGAAAUGUUUAGUUUUUGUUCAAUCGAGAUUCUUCGAGUGCUUUCUAUUUUGCUGAAGAACAAAGUGAUGGUCGAAGAGUUGCUUUGAAUUUUCUCUUUGGAAAUAUUCAGAUUGGAAAUCAGCGACAAAUGAUUAUGGAUGAUAUGUUCAGAGCGAAUAAUUAUCGAAGUUUCAUGCUGAAUGAGACAAGUGUUCCACCCAGGUUAUAG